GCGUCACAGGAAGCAGGCGCGGCAGCCGGAGCAGCUACGGGAAUUCAAACCUGCAGAGGACAAACUGGUUAUUUUUGUAUUUGAAUAAAUAAAUAAAUUAAUAAAUAGAUAAUAACAGGAGAUAUGGGUUGUUUGGGAAUUUGUUUGUUUUACUGUCGUUAGUUUUAAUGGAAGAUAAAGUGACAGAAAUGGAGAAUGUGUUUGUAAAGUAAGACAGUGAGCUGCGGUUACCAAUGGCGACGCGGACGCCCUGCUGUAGCUGACUAGCAUGAGGUUCUAACCCUGCUCUGAUUUAUCCGGGUUUAUCUCUUCCUCUGUGUGCAUCAUGACGUCCAAACAGAAGAAAGGCCUGAGGGGCUCGAUCGAUGAUGUGCUGGGAGAUCUGCUGGGAGACGAUGCUGAUGAUCUCCCGAAGAAGGCCAGGUCUCCGUCUGGAGGACUCGGCAGACCAGCGGGUGUCUUACGAACACAAAGCGGCAAGAGGAACCUGCUAGACGAUGAUUUCUUCAGUAAACUGGCGGAGGAGGUGGAGAAAGACGACGAGGGUACCGAUGUGUCCGAGGCAGAUCCAAAGGCUUUGCUGGAGAGUAUGAAGGACAUGGAUGAUAUGGACGCUGACUUGUUUGGCUCGAAGAGGAAGCCGAGUUCAGCCCCGACACAGAGCAGAACCUCCAGAACUGAAACAUCUAAACCAGGAGACAAGAACAAAACUAAUCAAGCAGCAGGAGUGGACGAGAGGAAGCCCAGCUCUGCUCCCGCUGCUGCAGUGAGGAGCUACAGGAAAUUCAGCUUCAUGGACGAUGAUGAUGGUGAUGAUGAUGAGUCACCAGCUGCCAAACAAGAUGACCUGGAUGAUCCUCUGGAUGACCUGCUGAACGACCUGGAUGAGGAACGGCCGAAAGCAGGAAAGCAGCAAUCAUCCUCCCCGGCUGUACAGAAGAAAGAGGAACAAGCCACUCCUGCACCUGCGCCUAAGAAACGCAACGAGUUGACCUUCGACGAUGACGAAGACGACCUGAUGGACGCACUGGGGUUCAAUGACACCCCAAAAGGAAGAGGAAGUGGACUCAUCCCCAAAAUAGAGACUGAUGCUCCUCAGAGACCACGCACCAGACUGGAUGAGAUUUUGGGGAUCGGAACGUCUCCUCGCCUGCUGGAGAGACCCGUGACCGGCGAGAAAAAAGACACAACACCUGCAGAGAGACAGCCACAGAAGAGCUCGGCUGGCAAAGAUUCUGUGUUUGGAGAUGAAGACUUAACGUUUGGCUCUUACCAGCCCACACUGGGCUCGACUCCGGAGGGACGUACCUCUCGCAGACACUCCGUACGAUUCUCUACUGAGGACAUCAGCUCUCCUUCUCCAGAACGCAAGCCCAAAUCCUCCACAACGUCCACCGUGACCUCCACCGUGACCUCCACACGACCUGGCCGUCCUGCUUCAGACUGGCUGGGGCUGAAGCAGGAAGAUGAUGAAGUGGAAAAGGAGGAGGAGCCAAAGAGAGAGAAGAAGGAGGCCACGGGAGCUUCUGAGAAACUAAAACCUCUUCCUUCUCCAUCACAUGUAGGAGGAAAACAAUCCAGAGGGACCUUGAAACCCACCGAGGAGCCCGUACCUGACUCUCCAGAAACUUCCACAACCACUGCAGCCAAAUCAGAGCUUAAAAAGAAGGAGGAAGAGAACGAGGACGACUGGCUGGCAGGAGCUCUGAGUAAGAAGAAAGCUCUGGUGGAGGAGAGAGAGAAGAGGCAGGAGGAAUCUCUGGGGCUUGGAGAAGAGCUAGACCUGGACACGUUCCUCAGCAAACAAAACACCACUUCGACUCCUCGUAGGGUAAAAGAGGACACACCCCUCCCUCCCAGACAGCCCAGCCGUGAGUCUCUGGUUGCGUCUAGCCGACAGCAGAGCCCCGCGCCCACCACAGGAGCUCAACACACACAUGAGCCAGAGCAGAAACCUGCAGUUGUAAGCGCUGCACCUGUCCAGCAGGUGUCUCUGUCUACAGACGGCCUUCAGCAGCUCCUCCUGCAGCAGCAGCUGGCUCAGGCUCAGCUCUGGGGUUUAGGGGCUCCACUGGACGCGAGUUCCUUACAGAAACAGAGGAGAGACACAGAACAUCACACCGGAGACACAACUGCACUACAGACCAGGAUCAUACAGCUGGAGGGACAGGUGCGGAGUCUGCAGCUGGAAAAGGAUCAGCUACAGAUGUUACUGGAUAAUAUCCAACAGAGACAUAAACAUGACACAGAGCUCAUGGAGAAUGCACACAGAGCUCGUGUGAAGCUGCUGGAGGAGUGUGCGGGGCAGCGGGAAGCGCGGGCACACAUGGAGAACCAGGAGCUGACGGAGCGUCUAGAGGCGGUGAUGAAGCUGGCGCAGCAGGAAAGGGCGGAGCUUCAGGAGCAGCACCAGCGCAGGCUGGCACAGAGCCAACAGGAGAGAGACCGAGAGGUGGAGAGACUCCGAGAGCUCCAGAGGAAGUCCAUACUGGAGAUGAAGAAGGAUCACGAGGAGCAGGUACAGAGACUCAGGAGAUUGAAGGAUGAGGAGAUUGAUGCAGUGACCAGUGCUACCUCACAGACCAGGUCCCUGAUGGUGGUUAUCGAGCAGAUGGAGCAGUUCUCUCUCAGGUUGGGCGAUCUCUCUUCUCGUAUUGAGAGCACUCAUGAAAACACGACUCAGGGUCUGGAACUCGGAGCUCGACAGAGAGAUGAACAACUGCGAGUGCUGCAGGAGCGUCUGACUCAGCAGCAGAGGGACAUGGUCGAGGAGAGAACUCGACUCAAAGAGGUCAUAGCCAAGAUGGACACGCAGCUGGCCGAGCAGCAGAGACAGCUGCAGCAGGAGCGCUGGCGGGUCACAGCAGAGCAGGCUAAAGCAGAGUCAGCGUUACGAGGCCUGGAGGAGGAGAGACGCACCAUGACUCAACACUUCACCAUAGAGAGAGAAGAGCUGGAGAGGGCCAAGAGCGCUCUGUUAGAGGAGCAGCAGUCGGUGAUGCAGCGCUGUGCAGAGGAGAGGAGGAAAAUUGCUGCGGAGUGGACACACUUCCACGCUCAGGACAAACUGCGCAAAGAAAGAGAGAUGGACCGAGAGGGACACAUCAUCAGCAUGGCACAGGAGCAGGCCGAGCUGAAGCUCAGAGCGGGAGAGCUGAAGCAGAGAGAGGAGGCCAUACAGAAGGAGAGAGAGAACCUGGAGAAACUGCGAGGCGAUCUGGAGGGGGAGAGAGAGAGACUGAACGCAGCGGCUCUGCACCUGAAACAUCGAGCUCAGGAGGUGGAGAGACUCAGCAAGCUGGCGUGUGAGCGGUACGAGGAAGGCGAGCGGGCGCUGCAGGAGGCUCGGCAGGUGGAGGUGGGACAUCAGGCUCGUCUACGCAACAUCCACACUGAGCUGGAGCGACUGAGGACGCAGGAGCAUAACCUACAGCAGGAGAGGAUGAGAAUGACAGAUUAUCACAGAGAGAUGGACAGAAUAAGACACAGCCUUCCCAUUGACCACAUACCUGCCCCUGUUGAUCCUUUACUAACAGGAUUCUCUCCAGUGUUUAACAGCACAGCAGUUCUUCCUCCAGCACCACGAAACAGCUCCCGAUCCUUUUCUCCAAAACUACAGGCCACACUCGCUGUGCUAAAACACACAGCUGAGAAGGACCGGGACUUCCUGCAGGAUGAACAGAUCUUCCUGGACACACUGAAACGCACACCGUGCAACUCAACCUUACAGACAUGACGAAAGCUUAAACUGGUGCCAUUUUUAUUUAAGUUUCUAGUUAAAUGUUUUUACACAUUUUAAUAAAAAGUCUAAUCUUAUUAA